AGAUGUUAUGCGCACCGACGGAUUGCCGUCUCGGAAACUCUCAAUCAGACGCAAGCAAAAGGAGAGGAGGCGGCUAAUUAAAUAUUGAGCAGAAAGUCGCGUGGGGAGCGUGUCACGUGGGUCUCGAGGCUCAGCGAACCUGGGAUAAAUACCGCGCUGCAGCCAGCAGGCAAAAGCACGAGCUGCUGCGACAGAGAGUGCCGAGCGCCCAGCGAGCGCUCCGACCCGCCGAGGAACCCCAAGGGCUGGUCAGCCGCAAAAUCCGACAUGAAAAUCCUCGUGGCCUUGGCAGUCUUUUUUCUCGUCUCCACUCAACUGUUUGCAGAAGAAAUUGGAGCCAACGAUGAUCUGAAUUAUUGGUCUGACUGGUCCGACAGAGACCAGAUCAAGGAGGAGCUGCCCGAGCCCUUUGAGCAUCUUCUGCAGAGAAUCGCCCGCAGACCCAAGCCUCAGCAGUUCUUCGGAUUAAUGGGCAAACGGGAUGCUGAUUCCUCAAUUGAAAAACAGGUGGCCCUGUUACAGGCUCUUUAUGGACAUGGCCAGCUCUCUCAUAAAAGGCAUAAAACAGAUUCCUUUGUUGGACUAAUGGGCAAAAGAGCUUUAAAUUCUGUGGCUUAUGAAAGGAGUGCAAUGCAGAAUUAUGAAAGAAGACAUAAAUAAACUACCUAAUGUAUUAUUCAUUGAGCUUCACUUGUGUCAAUGGCCAAGGCAAGAUAAAAUGAGACAUGCGCUAUGAGGAAUAAUUAUUUAUUUAAUAAUAAUUGUUGUUUUGAGUUGAAAACUCAAAAAGUAUUUAUUUUUCAUAUUGUGCCAAUAUGUGUUGUAAAAACGUGUUGUAAUUCUAAUAUGACAACUCGCUCAGAAGUAGAAGUCAGUGGUAAUUUCUCAACAAAGCACAGUAUUCAAUGAAGUUGUAAAAGCCUAUCAGAGAUAUAGUCUCCAAAGAAAGAAACCAUUUCUCUUUGUUGGCAGCAGUCACAUCAGCUACUACUAAAGAAAGGAAACUCACAGAUAGGCUGUGCUUCUCCAUUUGUUUUCAUGGUGAAAGUGUACUGAGACUUGGUACCAAACUGUGUUUGUAUCCCUGCAGCAUGUUUUAUGUUUUGUGACUAUAUAGAGAUGUUUUAAAAUUUUAAUGUGAUUCUAAGGUCUUUAUUUUAUUGUACAAUGUCUUGUGAUAGUUUACAUUUUAAAUAAAAGAAAAAAUAUCUUGA